AUGGCUUGCUGCGGCUCCGGGAAGUCCCGGACGCCUCUGGAGGUCUAUGCUCAGUCGCUGCCCGACGACGCAGACGCUGCCCCGAUGCUCUUCCCCAUGUACACCGUCGCCGCAGACGUGCUCCUGAAGAUGACAAAGGUCGAACCAUACGAGAAGUUGAAGGCCCGGGGCCAACUCGUGGACUUCAGCGACGACUUGGGGAGAGCAGCUUUCGUUUCACACCAGUGGCUAACGAAACAACACCCCGAUCCAGACUUUCAGCAGAUGCGCACUUUGCAAGAUGCUGUCAAGCGGAUCCUGACCAGCUCUGGGGCGAUUUCCUUAGACCCCGCCACAGAAGCAGUGGUGCCAACGGCCAAGCCCCGUCCUGUGAAAGAUUUUCAGACCAAUGCACUGUUCUUCUGGUACGACUACUUCUCGUGCCCGCAGUUACAUCAUGCGACACCAGUUGAAGAUGCCGUACAGAGGACAGACAGCCGCAUCCAGCAAGCCGACGCCAUCACCAGCAUCCCAGCCUACGUCGCCAGGUGCGACUUUUUCCUUGCGCUGUGUCCGGUUCUCGACGUCCCUGUCGAGAGCAGGGUGCUGACAGCAGCGACCUGGAGCAGCAGGGGGUGGUGUCGCCUAGAACGAGCAGCACGGGAGCUGUCGCCAAACAGUACUUGGAUUCUUAUUCGAAGCGAGACCUCCAUUGAAACUGUUGGCACGCUGAUGUCCUUUCCGAGUGGCUCCGUUGGGGAAGGCGACUUCGGUGUCCCACAGGAUAGGAAAAGGCUAGCUCCGGUGAUGCGGAAGAUCCUCAUGCAGAAGCUGAACCACUGCCUGCGUGUGGGUGACCUGCCCGGAUUCCGGCGCAACUUCAACCUCCGGAUGAUGUACUUGCGGGGCCUUGAGAUUGCCCCGGUGAACGGCCUGCUACCCCGGUGUGAGCGUGGUGAUGAUGUGGUGGCCGAGUUCCUACACCAAAACGGUCUGAGGAGGGUCGGGGAGGUAGACAGCGCUGGGUGGCGGCCCCUGCACUAUGCGGCACUGGCCGGCAACAUAGAGGUGCUGAAAGGCCUGCUGGAACAGCGCGCCCAAGUGAACUGGCGCACGUGGAAGGACGAGCCGAUGCUGGGCUUUCCGCCUUGGAUGUCGGCAUUGGACCUGUCACUGUUCUACAGGCAUCAUGAGGCCACACGCUUGCUUCUUGGGGCGAGAGCCCACCUUGUUGGUGGAGUUUCACCGGCGGUCAUGCAUGCAGCCGGCGGAGACAAUGCGGAAGGCAUCCGACUGGUGUGUGCGAUGGGUGCCGUGCCACUGUCGCAGAACCUACUGGGAAACCCCACCUUCGCGACGGCAGCUGCUAUUGCAUCUGCAGAAGCCCUGGAAGAAUUGUUGGUGCAGGGACGCCCAAGCUCGAUGGAUCUUUCUCGGGCCCUCUUCGACGCCACCAUGUUUCGGGGCGGAUCGGCUGAACUAGUGCAGCGAUUGAUCACCCUCCGUGCCGACGUUAACUACCAGCUGGACUUGCCGCGGGACUGGAGCAGACUGGGCCGGCUGCUCCUUGCAGUGAAGUCCUGGCAACACCGGCGGGGCCGUACCAGUGCACUAACUGCCAUCGCUUAUCACCUGCAUGGCAGCACGCCGCUGAUGCAGACCAUCCGGUCGGCUCAGUUCGACGGCGCCGCGACCCUGAUCGCGGCCGGUGCCAGACUGGAUAUCUGCAACUGCCGGAAGUGGACCGUGGCAGACUUUGCACAGGGGCUGUCGAUCCCACGUUUUCUGCAGCUGGGCCUGGAGGGAGACUCGUCAGAGUGCCGAAGGGUGUCUUUGCUCGCACAAUCGACCAGCUGUUUUUCAAUUUGA